CGGAGCGCAGCCCGUAGGCCGCAGUUGGAGCGUUACUAGAGGCAUUCACCUUCAAACCGAGCUUAUCGUUCCCAACACUCGUUCGCCAGGGAGGACAGCGGCCAGCCUUCAGCCAUGAAUCCUGAUAUCUGCACGGAGCGGGGAAACGCCACGUUCAACCCGGAGGUCCUCACGAACAUAUUGGACGGCGGUGCAGAAAAGACGCGGAGGAGAAGAGAGAUAGAGGCGCUCGUGAUCAGCGACCCCGACUUCCAGCACGAGGACCUGAACUUCCUGUCCCGCACCGAGCGCUACGACGCGGCGCUUAAGAAGAGCGCGCUGAUGUUCUUGAAGCUGAGGAACUACGGCAUCUCGAACCCCGAGGAGAUCUACUGCUAUAAGAGCUGUGUUCACCGCGGCCGAUCCCAGCCUCUGGACCUGCACCUGGGGAUGUUCCUGCCCACGCUGCUGAACCAGGCCUCACCCGCGCAGCUCGACGUCUUCUUCACCCCCGCCUGGAACCUGGAAAUCAUCGGCACCUACGCGCAGACCGAGCUGGGUCACGGAACACACAUCCGCAGGCUGGAGACAACGGCAACCUAUGACCCCUCCACUCAGGAGUUUGUCCUGAACAGCCCAACGGUGACCUCCAUCAAAUGGUGGCCAGGAGGAUUGGGAAAAACCUCGAAUCAUGCCAUCGUGUUGGCCCAGCUCUACACACAGGGCCAGUGUCAUGGCCUCCACGGCUUUAUCGUCCCCAUACGAUGCAUGAAGACCCACCAACCUCUGCCAGGUGUGGUCGUUGGUGACAUCGGCCCCAAGUUUGGCUUUGACGAGGUGGACAACGGCUACCUGAAGCUGGAAAAUGUUCGUAUCCCCCGCGAGAACAUGCUGAUGAAGUACGCCAAGGUCGAGCCUGAUGGGACGUAUCUGAAGCCCCCCAGCGAUAAGCUGACUUAUGGCACCAUGGUGUUCAUUCGUGCGAUGAUCGUGGGCGAGUCGGCCAGAGCUCUAUCCAAGGCCUGCACCAUCGCCAUCCGCUACAGUGCUGUGCGCCACCAGUCUGAGCUACAGCCUGGGGAGGCAGAGCCUCAGAUCCUGGAUUACCAGGCACAACAGUACAAGCUGUUUCCUCUGCUGGCCACAGCAUACGCCUUCACCUUCGUGGGCCAGUACAUGAGCCAGAUGUACAACCGCAUCACCGGAGACAUCAACCAGGGAGACUUCAGCGAGCUGCCGGAGCUCCAUGCUCUGGCUGCAGGACUGAAGGCCUUCACCACCUGGACAGCCAACGCGGGCAUCGAGGUGUGCCGCAUGGCGUGUGGUGGCCACGGCUACUCCCGUUGUAGCAGCCUGCCUGACAUCUACGUCACCUUCACGGCCACGUGCACCUACGAGGGCGAGAACACUGUCAUGAUGCUGCAGACGGCCAGGUACCUGGUGAAGAGCUACCGGCAGGCCAAGGAGGGCCAGCAGCUGACUGGCAUUGUCUCAUAUCUGAACGAGCCGCAGCAGCGGGUCCAGACCCGGCCCGCCUCGUCCCGGCCUGCCGUGGUCGACAUCAACGACCUGGCCAGCCUGGUAGAGGCCUACAAGCUGUGCGCCGCAAGGCUGGUUGAAGUAGCAGCUAAGAGCCUGCAGGGGGAGCUCCAGCGCAGCAAGCACCGGGAGGACCCCUGGAACAACAGCUCCAUUGAGCUCAUCCGCGCCUCUGAGGCCCACUGUCACUAUGUGGUGGUGAAGCUGUUUGCUGCUAAGCUGACUGAGAUCAGUGACACGGCGGUCCACUCCGCCCUCAGUAGCCUUGCCCUGCUCUACGCCCUGCACGGGGUCGCCAACAACUCUGGGGACUUUUUACAGGCUGAUCUGCUGAGCGUUCCGCAGCUGUCCCAGGUCACCCAGCGGAUGAAGGCCCUGCUGGCAGAGAUCCGUCUGAACGCUGUUGCUUUGGUGGACGCCUUCGACUACCAUGAUGAGAUGCUCAACUCCGUGCUGGGACGCUACGAUGGCAACGUCUACGAGAGCAUGUUCGAAUGGGCCAAGAGAUCACCGCUCAACCGCACGGAGGUCCACGAAUCCUACAACAAGUACCUGAAACCUCUGCAGUCCAAACUGUGAGCGUCUGCUGAAGUCGUGACGGUCUGGGACAUCUGUCUGUCGGCGCGAUUGCCACUAGUUCAUAGGCGAAGAAAAAUCAUGACCUUGUCUAACCUCCUCCAGUGACUGUGUCGUUAGUAAGAACCCGAUCACUCUCUUAGCUUAUACACUCUAAUGAAAACGUUCCCAAUGACAGCGACCCCUGACCUCAGCCACAAAGAGGACUAAUUAUGGGGUAUGAUUUGUAGGAAUACAGGUAUAAAGUGAGCCCUUGCAACGAACCCCCCCCCCCCCCCCGAAAACAGGAGGAUGAGGCCACUGCAUUUGGGAAGAUGCCAGUGAACAUGGGUUUCAUCCACAGUUGUUAAGACACUAGUCCUCUCCUGCGUUUUGUGAUUAAAUGUUCUGUUGGGAAUCUGAGUUGUGUUAGAUGGGUGUGGAGUCAUCAAAAUUUCUUUCCAUGACAUGUUUUAUCAUUUUGGUUUCUUGUGGGGUAAAAAAGAAUCGGCUGUGUUGGUUAGGUAUUGGUUUCACUAAUCACUAUUCAGUAAUCUGUAACACAAACAUGUCCAGAGUUUUGAUUUCAGAGAAUAUUAGACAUCCACUAUUUCUAAGGAUCAGAAUGUUGGGAUAUUAUGGAGGUUUCAAUCGAUGUUUGAGAAAAUGGUUUGCAAUUUCAUACUUUUAAAAAAUGCUUUAAUCUGUUAGUUUUUCUUAAUGAGCAGUGCAUUUUUCUUUAUUUUGUUAUGCUGAGGGAGCUACAGUUCAGUUGAUUGGUAUUUUUGAGUACUGCUACUCACUGAUUUGGGAACAGUUAGAAAGUUUUACCUUAUACUCAUUUAAGAUUACACACUGUUUAAAACGCCAUUAAAACAGCGGACAUAAUUGUAAUUUCUGUACAUACAUAUCAAGUUCCUACUCUGACUGGUCAUUAGCUGACUGAGAAGUAAAAUAUUAAUUUCAAAGCAC